UCAGCAUAUCGUCCGUGGGGAAACGAUGUCUUGGUGUGGAAAAUUCACAAUUGCCAAGCUGUGAACCAAGAUGGAAGUAUGUCGCGUGAAGUGGUAGCUGCACUAGCGAGGCUUUGAAAUUUGCCGAUACCAAAACCCCGGAUUUGAUGCCCGGCCUAUUCCCUUUGAAUCGUGAUGUGCAUGUAUGAAUACCGACCGGUGGGCCGUUGGGUCAUGUGCAUUCGUAAAUUGUAUCGCCGAUUUCCAAUCUCCUCUUUCACUCGGCCGACCAGGAGCACUCUGUCCUUGGGAUGUUUCCCAAUCGAUUUGCGUGAAGAAUACGGCAAGGCCAAGUCGUGCUCCAGAAACAUUGCCUCUUGUCGAAGAAUCAACGUUCGGUCGAGAUACACUGCAAACUAGCCUAGCUCUUCAUAAAUUCGGGUCAUCUACGUGAAACUGCGUUGUGGGGACAACAAAAGUUGCAGAUACUUGGGUGAUGGUAUCAUAUAACGAUCUUUACGAGCCCGGGUUCUGGAAUGGCCACUGGUUACGUAGACUUUU